AUGGCCAUCGAACUUUUUAAAAACUAUGGACCUAAAGCAUCAAUUAAUCACCUGUUCAAACCAAGCCACACAAAACCAAAUACAGAUGAGCAAUCCCCAAAGCCUCUGCCCUUCCCUCACUUUAUCAACCCUAAAGAGAAAAGAUCGCUGGGGGGCCGCCCCCACGCCGCGCCCCGCCCCGCCGCCCCCAGCCCGGCCGCGGAGAUUACCUUCCGGCGGCGAGCGCGCGAGGCGGCCGGCCGCGCGGCCCCCACACCGCCGCUUUCUCGGGUCUGGAUUCCGCCGGGCGGGAGCUACUGGGCACUACGUUCUGCUCUGGGCUCAAAACAGGCGAGCGUAACCGGGUCGGGGCUGCGAUGGGGGCACCCUGGAGGGCCAGGACCGCUGGGCCAGCCGCGCACUGAGGUACCGCAGAGGCGAUGCUGCCCAGGUGUCACCGGCUGCGAAGCUCAGGACUUGCCUCUGGCAGGAGACUUGGUUCAGAGAAGCUGCCUGAGCGUCUUUGUCGAUGCCUUCCAUCAAAGCACCCCCAAGAAACCCAAGGAACUAAGGUGUCCACCAAGAGAACCAACCUUUUGCUUCCAGUUUCGAAAACCCACGGUGCGGUACCAGCCCGAGGCCGGUCCCCGCCACCCGCUGGCCCGCUGGCCCGCUGGCCCGCCCGCCCGCCGGCCCAGCCCGCCCGGAGGCACUUACACUGCACAGGGCCGGAGAGUCCCACCAUCCGCCGCGGGCUCCCAGCUGCAAAUAAAACUUCCUGCGGUCGGUGGCGGCCCGCGGGGCCAAAGGACCAAGGCGCGGCGUCGCUUCCCUCGCGGGGCCAGAGUGUCCGCGGCCACUCGCCCACGCGCGCUCCCCCGGAGGCCGCCUGGUCUUUGCCGAGCACCGGCGGCCGCCGCGCACAGCGAGCUGCGGGGCGAAGAGCCCGGGGUGGCGGACGCCAGCCAGACGCAGCCUGCGACGCGGAGCCCGGCGCGCGCCGAGCUCAGCUCCCCUCCUCCCGCCUCGCUCCCUCCCUCCCUCCGCUCCUCUGUUGUUGCUGCUGUGGCAGACAAAUGUGAUGUGGGGCGCAGGGGAUUGCCACUGUCACAGGCGGCGUCUGCGUCCGCUUCGCCCGCCCUCGCUCGCUCUCGAGGAAGGCGACUGCAUUUAUCUGCAGGGCGUCCGGGCGUCCGCCGGGGAGCAGGAGCGCCGCGCGCAGCGCACAGCGCCCACAGCGCCCACAGCGCCCGCACCAGGCCGGCUGCGGCGCGCACCCGCACCCGGGGGGCGCCGCGACCGCUCGGGAGGGAGGCGGCGGCGCGGCCGCGACCAGUUUGCACAAAGGCCCACAGCAUUUUUGUAUUCAUACAAUCCCCAGAAUGCUACACAGAACCCUGCAAGUAUGACCAGAGAAAAGUAUGUCCAUGCAUGAGUAUGUCUCUGAACUCCCCACCUGCUGCCCAGGCACCUGCAAUUGAGAACUGACAGGAACAACGUAAACGCUCACAGAGCUGGUUAUCUAAACAGCACUGGCAAGUUAGAAACAAGACAUGGAGACUCUUCAACUGUUGAACCCCAUGGGGGAUGGCUGCAGAAUGGUUAGAUCAUUUGUGAUAACUAUCCCUGGACUAAGACAUUAUUUGCCUAGUAUGUGACUAGAGACAUCUUCCAUAUACAACGUGUAAUCAAGCAAAAGCAUUAUAUAUUGAUGAUUCCAAGGUCUGAAAUUUAUUACAACUUCCUUCUACAAGAUCACCAGACACUCCGAAUCUCCAGUCCUUGAAGGGGUAAAACGAGCAUCCUCAGCCAGAGAUGAUGUUCCCUGUACUAUGUAAGAGAGAACUCAGCCUCUGCUGGCCUCAGCUAGCCUACUUACAAAAGCAGUUUACUUCACCCUAUUGAUGUUAUGACAAUUGUGCCACCAGACACUGGCUUCCUAGAAAGAUACAGUGACUUUAAAACCAGUGACAGCUGAAGAAUAAAUAGAAGGGGGACAUUUAUAUUCUUUUCAUGAAUGCAAUUAUGUAGGUAUUUUCAUUUUUAAGCAUUCUAUUUGGUUCUCAGAGAGACAGGAAUAUUGAGAGGAAGGCUAUGCUAUGUUAUUUUUUGUCAUUUGUUUCUCAGUCCUUUGAACAGGCCCUUGCAAUUGAAAACAAAAUAAGUUCAUGUGAUAUGACAAGGGUGUACCAUGCUCUCUCUUUUCAUCUGUGAUUGGAUAUAUAUUUUUGUGCUACAAACCACCAUUUUUUUCACCUUGUUGUGUGCCAUAAUGGUAAAUAAUUUAUGUCUGGUCUACCAAAAUGCUGCUUAUUUAGCUCAAAAAAGAGUGCUGUAUCCAGGGCUCUUAAUCACCAUUGUUGCUGCCUUCUGUUGGAUCUAUGCUGUUCUACCUCUUGCUACCAUUUCUAAUACUGGAGGAGGAUUUAUAUUUUUUCUGAACAAUAGAUUUUAAUUAAGAAGAUUUAUUAAAGACAGUUUUCAUUCCUCUGAUUACAUUUCCAGCUCCAGAGACAUCUGCAUUUCAAAAAUGCACCACAUAUUUUCAUAAAUAUUCCAUAAUUCCCCCAGAGCUUUGUGGUAUUCCAAUUUCCCCCAACCUCUUAACAUCCUUGCAUUCACUGAGUCUCAUCUACGUGUACCCUUCAGAAUUAGACAUUUCUUCGCACAGGUAUAAAAUGAGACCAUGUUAGAAAGAUGAUUCAAAGCAUCCCUGUUCUUUAUGCAUCAAGAUUCCUGAGAAGAACAAAGACAGAUUAAGCUCACUAACAGACGCCUAAAAAAGAUCUAGCUAUCUUACAGGCAUACUUAGGGCAGCAGGGUAAACAGCUGGGCAGGGUUUGCUUUGAAGUUUAAAUCAUUGUUAUUUUAAUAGAGUCGAAAAUUCAUUUAGAUAGUGGCAUCUGAUAGGUACCCAAUUAAAGCCCCCUUUUGUCUGUUAAUAUAGUUUCAGAUUUUUAGUUUCAGAAACACAGUUUUGCCAGAGAAUUCUUUAAAAAUAGCAGCAUUUUUUUUUUAGAAAGAUGGAUGCCAUGAGCGACAGACAAUUGUUGAUUGUAGCUUUUAUGCAUUUUAUAUAAAAGUAUGAGCCAGUGUAUUAAAUUGUUCAAGGCUCAAAGAAUAAUGAUAAAGCCAAGUGUGUCACCAGGUAUGCCUACCAUAUGUAUAUGGGGUUCUCUGUAAUAAAUUACCUCUGGUCCCCGUUCCCUCGCUCGGUAGGUAUUGGAGCAUCUGACCACAUUUCCCAUUCAGAUUCUACUGUAUUGCCCACAGGAAAACUCUUAGUCCCUUUUGUUUUGCUUUUGUUUUUGUUUUGAGACGGGUUCUUGAACUUGAGGCAAUCCUCCUAUGUCAGCCUACUGAGUACUAAUCCUAUGGGGUGUGCAUGUUGGUUAAGUAUUCCUACUGGACAAAUAUGAAGAAGCAUUCAUAUUCCAUUCACUCUGGUGAUCACUCAAGUUUUUCUUGCCUAAAUUAUGUCGGCCUCCAGCAAUCCUCAACCUCACUCCACUCAAAUUCACUCAAAUCCUCACGCCUUGCUGAAAGGAUGGCAUUGUCUGCCAAAGGGAUGAGUGCUGCCUCUUACCAAACUGCAUGUUAUGUGCUAGUCUCUAUUCUAAGCAGUACUUCCUAAAUGUUAUCCCGUUCAUUCUGAAAACCAGUGGUGGGAGAGGAGCUAUUCUGCCCUAGGGAGCUGAACCCAGGUUUGGCUUAAUUAGUGUAACCCUGCCCCUCCAGAAGGAACCACACAAAUGUCUGGAUGCUGGGGAGAUAAACAACAAUGAAAAUCAUGUUUCUCUUUUCUCAAACACCUCAAGGUAAAUUGAAAGGCAGAAAAACUUGAAGGUGCCUCUCUCCAAGCUCAAGCAACUAAGGUCUAAUUCUAAGACAAGUGCUCUUGGAAUCAAAUGGCAAAGAACCAUGAGUUGAAACCUAAAUCUAACUGCACUCUGUGGGGUCAGAAAACUUAGCACCUAGAGACACAGAAUCUGCCGGAACUUGGAAGGGAGCUGUCAAGAAACAGGCAAACCAUGCUCAAAGUGUUUGUUGCCAUCUGUAGUGCCUAGGUGACCUCGCUGGAUCUCCACCCACCCUAAUCUGUUCUGGGGAUGCCUACACGCUGAAGGUUCCUCUUCCGGUAAGAAACACUGGUUGGAUCAAAGAUGGCUGCCAGAGUGACUGCCAGACAGUCUGUUAUACUCUACUUCCCUGCUGAGUGGAAGUGCUUUUCUUCCAGGGCAUUAUAGUGGACAAUUACUGUAGAACUUCUUCAAGGGGCCAUGAAAGAAGCAGAAAAGAAGAUGUACCUAAACUCCUCAAAAAUCCCCACCUAGUCCCAGAAAAGCUACUCUCUUCCCCCCGAUUUUGGGAACCACACAAUUCCCAAGAGUUGAGAAGUUGGUUUGUGAGUUUUCCCUGACAAUAAUGCAAUAAUACAAUUCCCCUUCACAGCUC